CCAGCUGCACGCUACUAGCUAGUACAUGUAUGUACGUACCGGUACCACCCUUAUCGACAGAGAAGGAUACCAUAGAGAGUCGAGUCGUAGAGACUGUGAUAUAUCGAAAGCAUAAUCUAGUAUCGGUAUCACUAUUAUUAUGGGUGGCACAACGUCCAAGUUUGAAGAAACGGAUUGGAUCCGAGCCGAUGGCAAGCUCUCGAAUGUGACCGAUACGAUCGAUGGGAGACCUCCUACCAGCCAGUAUGGUGUCUACUAUAUCACCAAGACCAAACUGAACCAGCGAGAGUUUGAAGUGACCGAUCUAGAAAAGAAUCUGCUCUAUUCUACCAAAUGUGUACCGGGAACUCUCUGUUGGUUCGAUGUGUACGGGAGUGGAUUGGACGAGUGCUUGUUGAGAGUACAGGUCGACCUGAGCCGAAGAUAUUGGCUCGUUUACAGAAUGGGCAUUCCAUGCUUUGCAGGCCAACUGGCCGAUCGAGAAGCCACGGAUAAGCUGGCCCAUGAUCGACGAGAAACAGGGCAAGAUUUGACGGCCACUCCCUUUUUGUUUCGAAAAUGCUGCAUUUGUGUCUCCUGGAGUCGGUACAUGGCCGUCGCCAUGCAGUACGGGGCACCCGAAGGGAUUGAUUUGCUAGAACGGAGAAAAACAAAUGGCAUUACAGAAGACUCGGAAAGCUCCUUCUUUCAUCAUGCCGCACAAAUCACCGAUCGCAUGCGACGACGAAACUCGGAAGAAUCCUUGUUGGAAGAAGAAGACGAAGAAAACGAGCAAGAACGAGAUUAUACCAGGAGACUGGACGCAUCCGAAAAGACCCUCCAUAACCAAUCAUCACCAGACUUUUUUUAUUCCUACGAUGCCACCAAUGAUGUCAUGGAUAAAAGCGUCAACAAAGACAACAACAGCAAUGAUGAUGAUCUCGGCAGCAGCAUCAACAACAGUGAACAGACCAGCACAUCGGAUCUGGUGGGACGAGCCAGUGAAAUGAGACAAAGCAUCUCGGAAUGGGUCAACAAAAAGAAACAAGAAAUACAAGACAACAAAAAGAAACAAAUGAGAAGUGAUCCAUUAGAAGGAAUCCUACACUUGGAAAAACCCAUUCUACUCUGCCAAGAGAUAUACGACAAACUCAUUGGAAAUCAUCAAAGCUCCCUACUGUCCAAGGAACGGGCCAUUGAGUAUCUUAGAGAAGAUUUGGAACAGCACAUGAACGAUGGUGGAUUCGAUGACAGUGACGACCCGUUUCUGGCGGAUCAAGAAGGAAUCAGAGCUCAAUUGGAAGCACUGCGAAGAGCAGAAGAAGAAAGCAAAGGCAGCAACAGCAACAACAAGACUGUAGACGAGAAGGACACAAAUAACAACAACUCACUCGGCGACGGCGACGACGACGGGACUGCAGUUAGAAAUUCACCCACCACCGACGAAACGCCAGUGCCAUCCACGGAUGCUGCCGAAGUGGUUGCGGAAGACGCCACCAAACCCGACAAUAGCAAUAAUAAGGCUGAAGCCCAAGUGGAUAGCAACGAUACUGCGGAUGGAUCCAAGGAUCCCUCCGAUGAUGGACAACAACAAGAAGCAAAGAAUCCAGAAGAUGAAUCUCUGAUUGGAUAUUGGAAGUGGGAAAACACAUGGAAGGUUCAUCAAAUGAAGAUGCACGUGGCCCAGGGAUCGGAUCUCGCGCUUCAUGUUGUCAUGGCAAUCAUUGCCAAUCAAGUACGAUAUGAACGGAAUGCAAUUGCCAUGACCGUGUAG